CCUGCCUCCUAUUUAAAAUCCCGCUGACUGUCCUCAGAUGCAGAGGCAGCUUUGCUCACACACACGCAAAGGCUGCACCUGUGGGGAUUCGGGCACGUUCGCUGGGCUUGGCUCACCAGCCGUUCCGCGACUGCCACCCGUGAGCUCCCAGCCCACCUGCCUUUGUUUUACGCCCGUCGUCGGCAGCAGAAUUUGGGCAGCUCUGUGGGACUCGCCGCCCGCGCACCAUGCUGGCCAUCAGCCUCUGCGUCUUGCUUCUGUCCUGCUGGCACGCCGAUUCGCUGCCAUUGUCCACCCAGCUCUCAGAGGAAGACGAAAAGGUCAUCAAAUGCAUCACAGAGGUUCUGGCUGACACCCUGUCCAAAUCUAGCCCAGUUCCGGUCGUCAACAACUGCCUGACGAUCCUGAAAGAAGACGAGCGGGUCCUGGCCAUGCUGCACCAUCACUACCUGAUGAAGCAGCUAAAGGAGCUGGUCCAUGAAGAGAACACCCACCACCACCCGAGCCACGGCGCCUGGCAGGAGACGGAGGAGGGCCCCGAGGGAGACGAGCUGAAGAAGCGGAACAAGCCCCUCCAGCAGAGCUCGGCCGCCUCCGAGACGGUGGAGGAGAAGGAGGGUGAGGCCCGGAAGGAGGAGUAUGAGAAGACGGAGAAGAUCGAGGAGAAGGUGAAAGAGGAAAAGGUCUCGCACAGGGAGGACAGCACCCAGGUGGAGGAGGAGGAUGCCAAGGAGAUCCUGGAGGGCGAAGAAGAGGAGGAGGAGAGGAAGAGGAGGCACGAGGAGGCGAGGCAGGCAUCGCCCAAGCUGAGGGAGACCCAGGGCCCCGGGGCCAGCAAGAAAACAGGGCCACCAGCCAAGAGGCACUUCAGCCAAGAGGACAGUUCGGAGGAGGAGCUGCCGUACCACCACGGAGGCCGGCACCAUGGGGGGCUAGAGGACUGGGAGCAGGAGGAAGAGGAGGAGGAGGAGGAAGAGGAAAAGCGAUCGGGCCCGGCCUGGCGGAAGGGCGGCCCGGCCAAGCGGAUGGCCGAGAAGGCCAGCGACGAGGAGACGGCCCAGUUCGAGGCGGAGGAGAAGGGUGUGAAGAUCUCCGACUCGCAGAGCCACCUCCGCGGGGACGGGCGGCUGUGGAAGGACGGGGAGGAGCGGCACAGCCACCGCCACAGGCCGCCCAGCCACCCGCUGAAGAAGAGGCACCAUGAGGAUGAGGCGGGGCAGCUGAAGGGCAAGCACCAUGGCCACCAGGAGGAGGAGGAGGAGGAAGAAGAGGAGGAGGAGGAGGAGGAGGAAGAAGAGAAGGAGGCCAAGAAGGACAAGGAACGGGAGCUGGAGAGGCUGGAAGAGAUCGAGCAUGCGCUGAAGAAGGUGGCGGAGAAGCUGCGGGAGCUGCGGAGAGGGUGACCUCCCCAGCCCCCUUAGGGGAGCGGGGAGCUGUGGCAGGGGGACAAAGGGGCGGCCGCCCCUUUAAGAGUCACCCCCCCACCCGCCGCCCAGGCAUCCCCACACAUGUGCUUUCUUUGUAUAUAUCCCUCCUCUCCUCUCCCACUCGGCUGUGGACUGUUAUCAAAGCCUCGGAGCUUCUGCUUUUCUACCGGCUCCCACCCCCCUCCAUCAGGGACCCAGCGUGACCUGAGGCCAAGGAAAAUAACCAGCCUGCCAACCGACCCUCCCUUCCCACUCCAUGCAGGAAACGUCCCUCCAGAGCAAUG